AUGAGCGAGAGACGAAGAUCGGCCGUGGCCCUCAGCUCCCGAGCACACGCUUUCUCGGUAGAAGCCUUGAUUGGGACGAAUAAAAAGAGGAAACUGCGAGACUGGGAGGACAAGGGUCUGGAUUUGUCCAUGGAAAGCCUCAGCCCCAACGGCCAGCUAGGGGACAAUGAAGACCCGACUCAGUGCCUGGACCUCAACCCCGACUCAGAGCAGAGCACUGGGUCAGACACAGAGGUGCUGGCAGAAAGGACGUCCUGCUCAUUUGGCUCCCAUUCCGACCUUACAUCUGGUGGCUCAGGCCCUCAACCUCCUCCACCUUCAUCCAUGGAAGAGAUCCAGGUAGAGCUGCAGUGUGCUGACCUCUGGAAAAGAUUUCAUGACAUUGGGACAGAGAUGAUCAUCACGAAAGCAGGCAGGAGAAUGUUUCCAGCCAUGAGAGUGAAAAUUACAGGCUUGGAUCCCCACCAGCAGUAUUAUAUUGCCAUGGACAUUGUGCCUGUGGAUAACAAGAGAUACAGGUAUGUGUAUCACAGUUCCAAGUGGAUGGUGGCUGGUAAUGCUGACUCCCCAGUGCCCCCAAGGGUUUACAUCCAUCCUGACUCGCUGGCUUCUGGAGACACCUGGAUGAGGCAGGUGGUCAGUUUUGACAAGCUCAAGCUGACCAACAACGAGCUUGAUGAUCAAGGCCACAUUAUUUUACAUUCAAUGCACAAGUACCAGCCCCGUGUUCAUGUCAUCCGCAAGGAUUUUAGCAGUGAUCUUUCUCCUACAAAGCCAGUUCCUUCAGGAGAUGGGGUGAAAACCUUCAACUUCCCUGAGACUGUCUUCACCACAGUGACAGCCUACCAAAACCAACAGAUCACCAGAUUAAAAAUUGACAGAAACCCCUUUGCUAAAGGUUUCAGAGAUUCUGGGAGAAACAGGACAGGGCUGGAGGCCAUCAUGGAGACCUAUGCCUUCUGGAGGCCCCCCGUGCGCACCCUCACCUUUGAAGACUUCACUACCAUGCAGAAGCAGCAAGGAGGCAGCACAGGCACCUCCCCGACCACCUCCAGCACGGGGACCCCCUCGCCCUCUGCUUCCUCUCACCUCCUCUCUCCAUCCUGCUCUCCCCCAGCCUUUCACCUGGCCCCCAACACCUUCAACGUUGGCUGCCGGGAGAGCCAGCUCUGCAACCUCAACCUGUCUGAUUACCCGCCGUGUGCCAGGAGCAACAUGGCUGCCCUGCAGAGCUACCCGGGGCUGAGCGACAGCGGCUACAACCGGCUGCAGAGCGCGACUCCUUCUUCCCUGCCCGGCAACAGCAAGAUGGAGGCGUACAGCGGCCAGCUGGGCUCCUUCCCCAGCUCCCAGUUUCAGUAUGUCAUGCAGGCAGGCAACGCUGCCUCCACCUCCUCCUCCUCACACAUGUUUGGGGGUGGCCACAUGCAGCAGAGCUCCUACAACGCCUUCUCCCUGCACAACCCCUACAACCUCUAUGGAUACAAUUUCCCCGCUUCCCCCAGGCUGGCGGCAAGCCCGGAGAAACUCACCACCUCCCAAAGCACUUUACUCUGCUCUUCCCCAUCUGGCGGGGCCUUCGGAGAGAGGCAGUACCUUUCCACGGGGAUGGAUCACGGGAUGCACAUGAUCAGCCCUCCCUCUGGCAACCAGCAGACAGCCAACGCCUGUGACAACAGGCAGUAUGGUGCGGUUCAGGGCUCCUCCUCACAGAUGUCUGUGCACAUGGUCUAACAAGCUGU